AAUAUUUCUGUCAACAUAAGUUAUACUUUGUUUUUCUAGAUAGGGAAUAUCAUAAAGGUAGUGAUUUGAGUGAUUUUUACCAUAUUGAUGAAACGACCUACAGUUCAUCGCGUAUAAAGUUACAAACCUUUUACCUGAAGUGUUUUUCAAGUACACUUGCUUACAAGGAAUAUUUCCUUUUUCAUAAGUUAAAAUAAAAUAAAAUGGAGCCAUAAGCCCAAGUAAAACUCACAAAUAUUGCAAUUUCACAAAAAAGUGAUUGACGCAACUUGUGAAAUAUUCUUCAUAAUACUAGGUAACAUUACGUUACUUCAUAAAUCUCAACGGGAGACGAUCAACUUUGGCAAAUGUAUGCUACUUGAAGGUUCAAUGGGGUCAUUAAAACAUAGAAAGAGACUCGAAAAGCUUGAUUUUAAGCUUGGUAAUUCCAUAUAUACGGAUAUCCGUCAACGCAUACCCUUUUAUAAGUCAGACUGGCGAGAUGCUUGGCACUAUCGAAUACUGCCAGCAUGCUUGAAUAUUUAUUUUGCAAAUUUGCUGCCCGAAUUAGCUUUUGCUUUAGACAUGUUUUCAAAGACAGACAAUAGCUUUGGUGUCAAUGAAGUCUUGUUAGCAAGUGUUCUUGGGUCAGUUGUUUUUUCGCUAUUAUCUUCACAGCCUUUAUGUAUUGUUGGCGUUACCGGUCCGAUUACUGUAUUUAAUUACACGAUUUACAACAUUUUUCAUGACAGAAAUACACCAUAUUUUCCUUUCCUUUGUUGGAUCUGCUUAUGGUCUGCAGUUUUCCAUUGGAUUAUAGCUCUCUCAAAUCUUGUACACUUUGUUAAAUUCAUCACGAAAUUUAGUUGUGAAAUUUUUGGACUAUAUGUGGCAUUUAUUUAUUUGGAAAAGGGAGUUCAAGUUUUAACUAAUCAGCUUCAACAUGGCCUAGCCAACACUUUUCUUGCAAUAACUAUUGCUUUAUUGUUUAUGGUUAUCGGUUGGAUUUGUAACAGUAUUGGCAGCUCCUCUCUGUUUAACCAUAAAAUCCGAGUUUUCUUACUUGAUUAUGGCUUAGUAGCUUCAAUUAUUUUCUUUAGCGGUUUUCAGCAUAUAGGGAAAAUGCGUCAAAUAGACUUGUCAAAGUUGCCAACCUCGAAAGCUUUUCUGCCCACGCAAGACCGGAGUUGGUUUAUCAAGUUUUGGAAAAUAUCGGUAGGAGACGUUUUCUUGGCUAUACCUUUUGCUGUUGUAUUAACGAUAUUAUUUUAUUUCGAUCAUAAUGUUUCGUCCUUAAUGGCCCAAGAUCCUUCGUUUCCUCUUAAAAAGCCUUCCGGAUUUCAUUGGGAUUUCUUUUUAUUGGGAAUAACCACUUUCGUUAGUGGAAUCCUGGGAAUACCUGCACCAAAUGGUCUUAUCCCUCAAGCACCUAUGCAUACUGCUACUCUUUGUGUAACAAAAGUUGAGGAAGACGAUGAAGAAAAGCAGGAUUAUAAAGUAAAAGUAGUUAUUGAGCGAGUUAUCGAGCAAAGAGUGAGCAAUUUUUUACAAGGAUUGAUGACGCUGGGAACUAUGACUGGACCGCUAUUGGUAGUUCUGCAUCAAAUUCCCCAGUGUGUCUUAGCAGGUUUAUUUUGGGUUAUGGGCUUUUCUGCUAUUGCUGGCAAUAACAUAACGCGAAAUAUUUUCUGGAUGUUUGCGGAUCGAAAAGUCUUGUCACAGGGUCACGUUCUAAAUCACUGUCGAUCUCGUAGAGCAGUUUGGUUGUAUACCUGUCUUCAACUAUUGGGUUUCGGAGCAACGUUCGCGAUUACACAGGUUGACAAAGCGUCGAUUGGAUUCCCAAUAGUAAUUCUUUUAUUAAUUCCAUUUCGGACAUACUUAAUGCCCAAAUGGUUUUACGAGGAAGAUUUAGAAAUCCUUGACGAAAAUGUGGGAAUCUUGGCAUACCGCGAGGGGGCUUUCUAGUAUUUAUUAAUAUUUUUUGUUUACUUAUGAGAAUCAGUCAUACUUAUAUUUUUAGCAUUUAAAUGUAUAUUUAUUUAUAAAUUAUGAAAAGUUGAAGCGUGUGUAGAAUGCUACACUAUUAAUUACCAAGAAUACCAACGAAUAAGGUAAUGCUGAUACUCGUUUAAUACAUUUCGCAUGGAUUUACGAGGCAAGCCUUCAGCAAUCCAAAUCGUCUGAAGGGCAUAUCUUCCGUUAAAAUACUUGACAACGGAAAGAAACAAGGAGGCUAGUUCGGGAUUUUUCUCAUAUGCUAUAGCUUGAAUCCAUUUUUGUUCAAGUAAAGAAGCCGAAUGGGGAUCAAUAAUAAGGGACUCUCUUCCAUCAUCAUGUCUAAGCUGUUCUAACAGUUGCGGAUCCUGGCCUUCUGUACUUUCCGAUUCAAUGUCUCCUUUAACUUUUUCCUUAAUUUGGGGAGUUACGCACACAUAUAUAUAACUAUUUUGCUCAUAAACCCAGUUGCGUCGACACAACCAAGCUAGCAUUUCCAUGUACGUUGAUUCAUGAUCCUUGGAAGGAAUAAUAGAACCAAACGAUCGAGGUUUAAAUGAUAAAAUGGCCAAAAAUGUAGGAAGGGAAGGGAGACUUGGAAAUGUUCUUUUAAAAAGACUGGCAUCUGACUUAAGCUUGGAAAGAUCAGCCGUUGGAGACGUAACAUAAGUAUUUCGUAUUAGAAGCGGAGGGAUAGCUAUAGCUUUUCUCCAAUGUAUUAGAUGUUUCGCUAAAAGAAAACAUUCUGAUAAAGAGAUACCCAAAGAAUUAGCGAUAUCAGUAAAUCUAGAUUGUCAGAAAUAGAAAAAACACAUAUAUCUUACGUGGAUGUAGGUCU